UCUAAAUUCUAGCAGGCACUAGAAAGUUCUUUUAUCCCGGCGAACGAAUUACUCAUAAAAACAACCCAAAAAUAAACCGACACUGUCACUUAUAAACACCAACCCGUCUCUUUAGAAAAUCUAGUCUCAUCAGUUUAGAGUUUGAAGAAACAGAAGAAAAUGUUCGGAGUUGUUUUCCCAAAUCGAAGUUUUCCGAUUGACAUCUCGACUUUCUCCCAAAUCGAUACUUUUCAUUGGAUCCUGGAUAUGAACACUUUCGUUGGGGAGGCGUAUGAUGAUAUCAGAGAGAUAUGUAUAUUCUUACUUAAUGGUUUAUCUUUACCACCUGAUAAAGCCCUAGCUGUUUACAUACAAUCUCCUGGUUCACCUUUUGUAUUUGGUGGUGCCAUUACUGUUUCUCGUCCUUCAGCUGUAUUUUCUCUUUCAUGGCCUCAACCUGGUGCUCAUAUGCAACUUACUGCUUCAGAUUCUCCUCCUCUUUCUGCCAAAAUUGGUGUUUCUGUUGAAGAUUUUUCUUCUCUGCCUUCUCUUGAUGUUGUUGCUGAGAAAAGAAUUGAACAUUUGGCUCUUAAAGUUGGGGAAAAUCUCUUUAAUUUCAUGCAAUCAUUUUGUGGUGUUGAUGGGAGUAAACUUGUGGUUCCUAUGGAUAUUUUAGAUCGAUGGUUUAAGAAGUUUCAAGAACGAGCGAAGCGUGAUCCUUCUUAUUUGAAGGGUUUUGUACUUUGACAACAUUACGAGGCUAUUUUGUUUACUGGAAACUUAGAGUAGUGUGCUACAAGUGUUGGGAGUUCUUAUGCGUUCGAUCGAGCAGUUAGUUCAAAGACAUAGGUACGCAUUGAUUGGUUUAGUUAUAUUAGAUCGGAGCAUGGAUGGGACAUAAGUCUUGAUUUAAUUAUAUGAGUUAUUAUUACUUGGAGGUUUGUUUAAAGAGUUAAUGGUGUAGUAGUUAUAUUUGAAGUGGGCUAAACUGAUGGUGCCAAAAUGGGUCUGAAAUCUAGAGGAAUGAGCCUAUGGUGGUGUUACAGUCAAUUUUCUGCCUUCCAGAUUUAGAGCCAAACUCUGUUAUCCUGAUUGAUAUCUCCACCGUUUUACAUUUUCGUCGCUAUAUUACUAUCAAAAAAAGGUUGUAGACAUUAUGAUUAUGGGAACCUUCUAACAAUAUGUAGAGAUUGAAUAUGCACACGUAAUUAGUUGGUGCAAAUUCGACCUCGACAGCUCAUCACAUCGAAAUAACUUUCCCAUCUUAGCACUUACCCUUAGUUCAACUGCUUGCCAUCUUAGCAAGAGCACUGCAACCAUAAGACCUAACAACUCCAUAUCUGAAGCAUGUCCAGACCUUAUAGCAAUCAUGUACUCGGUAAUCAUUUAAUGCAAGUCGUCUUCCAGGUCUGCGUAAUACUGAUCUUAUAUUGGAAAUCCAAGUACAAAAGUUAAAUAUGGAAUACAACUUCGUCUCUAAAUCAUAGCAGUAUAGUAAUUGGCGGACUCAGAAGAUCUGUGCAUGUGUGGAGUCAGGGGUUCUGAACCACAUUAGGCCUUCAUACAGGGACACAACAUAGACUGAGGUUGGUAUCAGGAGUAGGUGUUUAGAGAAGCAGCAUAUUAAACCAUCACAAGCUACACCAGAACACCUCAAGCUUGUUAUAAAUCGCCAGGUAUAUUGGAGCAGCUGAUAGUUACAUGAGCAGAAACUGCAAUUUGUAACGAUUUUAUGGGAAUCUGCUGACAGAAAGAUGGAUGCACAAGCAUCAGCAGUUCGAGAAGGGUCUUCAAAUUCUCUGCCCAAUGGAGUUGAGGCCCCUGACGAUAUGAGAUCUAAAGCCUCAUGGCUACCAUAUAUGAUUAUCGAUUUCUCUAUAAAGUUAAAAUAGGGAAACUAAUAUAGAAAUAUUCUUUGGAACGCCAAUAGGGAUCUUGCCUGUGACAAUCCUAAUGACUAAUCAGGAGUGGGAUCCUGAAACUUGUGUUGCCUUCUCUUUUAUUGAUUUCUGGUAAAUUUUUGUUCCCUCGUCUUGUGAUGUCUUAGGA